CCCAGCCCAUCUCUCUGCCUGCCCUGAGCCCAGCAGUGUCAUGGGGAACUGUCUGCACCCGGUGGCUGAUGACAACUCUACUAAACUGGCCAUUGAAGACAAGAUUUGGAGUGAAUUUCUUGAGACGUACGAUGCAGACUAUAACUUCACCGAUGUGGAAGCAGCUGCGCCCUGCCACUCCUGUAUCCUGCUCAACGACUCCUCACUGCCCUUCUUCAUCCUCGCCAGUGUCCUGGGCAUCCUGAUUAGUGGAGCUGUCCUCUACGCGUUUCUCAGACCUCUGUUCCCCCGUCAGGUCUACCAGAACUGGUCUAUCCUGGUGCAGUUGGCUGUGGGCAGUGCUCUCUUCAGCAUUAUGGUGCCCGUCCUGGCACGGGGGCUAAGUGGGGCCCUCAUCACCUCCCUGUGCCACCUAGCUCACUUGGUCUCGUAUGGCUCAGCCUUUGCCCAAGCUCUGCUGAUAGGGUGCCAUGCCUGCCUGGGCCCCAAACUGGGUAUAGGUCACGUCCCAGGCCUCAGGCUGGGGAUCAGUGUGGGACUUUGGGGAGUGGCUGCCCUAUUGUCACUGCCAAUCACGCUGGGCAGUGACACUUCCCAUGGACUCUGCACAGUGACCUUCAGCGGGGAAUGGGAAAUUUUGCGGUACAUACAUGCUGCAGCCUGUUUUGCCAUCUUCAUCUUGUUGCCACUGGGUCUGUUGGGAGCCAAGGGGCUGAAGAAGGCAUUGGGCAGGGGGCCUUGUCCCUGGGUUGAUAUCCUAUGUGUCUGGUUCAUUUUCUGGUGGCCUCAGGGCAUGGUUCUGGGAUUGGACUCCCUGGUGAGGUCCAGGGCCAUGGUGGUGUCAACAUGUCUGGCCCAGCAGGCCCUGGACAUGCUUCUGGACCUCGCAGAAGCCCUGGCAAUAUUGCACUGUGUGGCUACACCCCUGCUCCUCGCCCAGGUCUGCUACCAGGCCAUUCAAACUUCUCUGCCCUCCCUGCCCCUCUCAGCAACACAGUCUUCUCAUCUGGACAUCCUUGGAUGCAAAUCCUAGCUCUCUUCCCACCUGUCAACCUGAAUUAAAGUGUACGCUGUUUUUAU